ACUGGAACCUUGAGAGCCAGAUACAGCUGCGGCGCCUUGCGAAGCCAGGACAGGGCGAACGAUUUAACUCCCGGUUCCCUCUCCGACUCUCUCGCCCCUGUUCACAAUAACAAAGCCAACGGAGCGAGGGACCCCAAAAAACCCUAACAAGAGUUAUCUCUACAAACUGUAGCUUAAUACCAAUAACUGUUAUAACACCACCGGUGAUGCAAUAAAUUUCCUGAAGAUUAGAGAAGGUUGCAAUGUAUGCAAGGAGAGUAAAGUUUAGGGGCCAGAACUGGUAUUCUUUAUCCCAACAGGCAGGAUCUUUAUUUAGGUUGAUCAGAAGGGAUAUUUCACAAUCCUCUUCUAGUAGAAGUAUCUACCAUACAGGCCAAUCACUAAAAGAUAGUGUUAUUAGGAAGUUCAGCUCAGUUCCACUUUCCCUGCCGGUUGGUAGUGAUUUAGGCAUUUGUAGGAGGUGCCCUGCAUCCUUUUCAUAUGGAUUGUGUCGAUUUUAUAGCUCCAAAGGUGAUGGGAGUAAUGCCAGUGGGGACAAACAUGUGCCGGUUAAAGAUGCCACCAACUUUGAUAAAGGGAAGACUAGGAAAGAAGAGGUUUUAGCUGAUUCAAAGCACUGCAAUGAGCAUGCUCGGCUUGGGGAACACGAUCAGCAGGAGUGGCUGAAUAGCGAGAGAUCGUCCAUUGAUAGUAAAAAGAGAGAAUCCCCUUUUCUAACCAAGCGAGAGAGGUUCAAAAAUGAAUUCUUGCGAAGGGUGAUUCCAUGGGAGAAGAUCACAGUUUCAUGGAGGACCUUUCCUUAUUAUAUCCAUGAACACACAAAAAAUUUGUUGGUGGAAUGUGCUUCCUCCCAUUUGAAGCACAAGAGUUUCACAUCAUCUUAUGGUGCUCGGCUUACCUCUUCAACUGGGAGAAUUUUGCUUCAGAGUAUCUCAGGAACCGAGCUUUACCGGGAAAGAUUGGUGAGAGCUUUGGCUCAGGAAUUACAAGUCCCCUUGCUGGUUCUAGACAGCAGUGUUCUUGCUCCCUACGAUUUUGGUCGAGAAUGUGCAUCAGAAAGUGAAACGGAUGAUGAGAAUGUGGAAUCAGGAGAAGAAUGUACAUCAGAGUCAGAUGUUGAAGAUGAUGGAAACAAUGAAGAAGAAUGGGCAAGCAGCAAUGAAGCCAAAUCUGGUGAAAGCGAGGAUGAUGUUGAUGAUGUGCAAGCAUCUGCUGAGGCCAUCAAGAAGCUUGUACCAUACAGUCUAGAAGAGUUUGCAAAGAGAGUUUCUGGAGAAGUUGAGGGUACCUCAUCAUCGACUCAGACAGAGACUGCUGAGUCAUCACAACAACCAAAAAGGCCUCUCAAAAAGGGGGACCGGGUGAAGUAUGUUGGGGCCUCAGUGCAUGUUGAAGCUGAUCACAGGAUCAUAUUGGGGAAAAUACCAACUUCUGAUGGCUCAACAAAUGCAUAUACAUUUAUUAGAGGCAGGACCCUGUCAAAUGGACAGCGGGGAGAAGUCUAUGAGGUCAAUGGGGAUCAAGUAGCUGUUAUUCUUGACAGAAUGGGAAAUAAAAUGGAGGAAGAAAAUAAGGCUGAAAGUAUCAAUGAGCAAGAUGCAAAACCAUCUAUUUAUUGGAUUGACAUUCAGGAUAUCGUGCAUGAUUCUGAUACUCAGGCAGAAGAUUGGUGCAUAGCAAUGGAGGCACUUUGUGAGAUUUUACCAUCUUUACAACCCGUUAUUGUGUAUUUGCCUGACUCUGCCCGGUGGUUGUUAAGGGCAGUUCCCAAGUCAAAUCGUAGGGAGUUCAUCCAUAAGGUGGAGGAAAUGUUCGACCAACUUCCUGGACCUGUUGUUUUGAUAUGUGGACAAAACAUAAUAGAGACAGGGUCCAAGGAGAAAGAGAAAUAUACUAUGGUGCUUCCUCGGCUUGGUCGCCUGGCUCGGCUGCCUGUGCCAUUGAAGCGACUAACUGAGGGACUGAAAGCAACUAAAACUACAAAAGAUGAUGGCAUAAGUAAACUCUUCCCAAAUGCUCUGUUUAUUCAUCCUCCAAAGGAAGAGGAGCAACUUAGAACAUUCCAUAAACAAAUUGAAGAGGAUAGAAAAAUUAUCAUAUCAAGGAGCAAUCUUAUUGAACUGCAUAAGGUGCUAGAAGAGCAUGAGCUAUCAUGCAUAGAGCUUUUGCAUGUAAAGACUGAUGGUGUGAUCUUGACAAAGCAAAAAGCUGAGAAAGUUGUAGGAUGGGCUAGAAAUCACUACCUGUCCUCUGUCAUUCUUCCCUCUAUAAAGGGUGAUAGGCUACUGAUUCCCCGUGAAAGUCUGGAUAUUGCGAUUGCAAGGCUAAGGGAACAGGAAACAAUUUCCAGGAAACCCUUGCAAAGUCUAAAGAGUCUUGCCAAGGAUGAGUAUGAGAGCAAUUUCAUUUCAGCAGUGGUUCCCCCAGAUGAAAUUGGAGUGAAGUUUGAUGAUAUUGGUGCUCUUGAAGAUGUGAAGAGGACACUGAAUGAGCUUGUCUCCCUUCCUAUGAGGAGACCAGAACUUUUUUCACAUGGAAAUCUAUUACGACCUUGCAAAGGGAUAUUGCUUUUUGGGCCUCCUGGAACAGGGAAAACUCUUCUUGCAAAAGCACUUGCAACAGAAGCUGGAGCAAAUUUUAUCAGCAUUACGGGAUCAACACUUACCUCAAAGUGGUUUGGAGAUGCUGAGAAGCUCACAAAAGCCCUAUUCUCCUUUGCUAGCCGGCUAUCCCCUGUCAUUAUAUUUGUUGAUGAGGUUGACAGUCUUCUUGGUGCUCGAGGUGGUGCUUUUGAGCAUGAAGCAACAAGAAGAAUGCGGAAUGAAUUUAUGGCUGCUUGGGAUGGACUGAGGACCAAGGACAGUCAAAGGAUUCUUAUCCUUGCUGCGACAAAUCGUCCAUUUGACCUAGAUGAUGCUGUAGUACGCCGCCUGCCAAGAAGGAUAUAUGUGGAUCUUCCCGAUGCCGAGAAUCGGAUGAAAAUCCUAAGAAUAUUUCUUUCUCAAGAAAACCUUGAACCUGGCUUUAGACAUGAUGAACUCGCCAAUGCAACUGAAGGAUAUUCAGGAAGUGAUUUGAAGAACCUGUGUAUUGCAGCUGCAUAUAGGCCUGUUCAAGAACUUCUGGAAGAAGAAAAGAAGAAAGGUGCAACGGGCACGGCAGCUUCACUUAGGCCCCUUAAGUUGGAUGAUUUUAUCCAAGCAAAAUCAAAGGUGGGUGCGUCUGUAGCAUAUGAUGCCACUAGUAUGAACGAGCUAAGAAAAUGGAAUGAACAAUAUGGGGAGGGUGGUAGCAGGAGACAAUCACCAUUUGGCUUCGGUAAUUAACGUAGUGAAAUCAUCUUUGUAAUAUUUAGUAGGGCUAUUCUCUCCACAACAGUAAAGAUGGAGAUUCCUUCCCUAAAAAUGUAAGUCCCUCUCUGUUUUUCCUAAUUUUUGGGCUUACAAUUAUCUAUAUCCGUAAUUAUCUCUCUUCGGUUAAAUAUCCAUUACGAAUAGGUUUAUUCUUUGAA